ACACCGAUGUACGACAUCGUCAUACUUUGCUCGGGUCUUGACACUGAGUAUGCGUGUAAUACUUAUAUUGGGUAUAUAAGUAGUAUAAACUCCAAUACCUAAAAUUCAACUGUUUAGGUUCGAAUGAAAAAUUACUAAACGACGCCAUGUCCGUUUCUCUUUUUGUCUUUCUGCUUGUAACAGGUGUGUACUACGUAAACGGGAUCUCAUCAAACGAAACUCAGGAUACUUUUACUGAAGUUAUUUGCUGCAGGAACAAAAUUUGUGACACUAACAGACUUUUUCAAUGUCGAGAAGAUUUUCGCAAUGUUAUUGAAUAUUACGACAAUGCCUUUCAAAAUGUAGAAGCUUUCUGCAGGAACUACUUGAAUCAAUUCAACUGCUAUUUCUGGCAUAACUAUCACUGUAUAACCGAAAAUGUAAAAAAUAUCGAUUUAUUAACAAGAGCUAAAGGUUCUAUUGAACCUAGAUGUGACGUAGAAGGAGAUAUUCAAAGAGGGAAAUGCUACACCAGUAAUGAAAUUAGAAAUUGCGACAGACUCUUAGGUGAUGAAGGAUCUACUAGAGAACCAGAAUGCCAAAAAUAUAAACAAUUUUACGAGUGUGUCGAACGAUACGUGAAAAGCUCUUGUAGUAAGGAUGAAGAGUUGUUCUUCGCAUUCUAUUUAAUAAGCAAAGCUAAUGGAAGAGCUUGGUCUUGCUCGUACUCUGUCAAUUAUCAAAUUCUUGACGAUACGACCCGAUUUUAUCCACAUUAUGAUUCUACUUGCGAAAACCUGGCUAGACAAAAUUAUGAACAAUGUGAAAAGGCACAGAAGGAAGAUGCAAAAGCAGCUGACCAGCUAACAAGGGCUCGAGACAGACAUUCUAUAUCAUGCUGUGUAGCUCUGAAACACAGAGAAUGCAUUCGAGAAGUUGUGAGGAAACAAUGUCACCGCACUGACUCUUUAAUAGUCGAUAUAUUACUGGGAGUUGUUGGUCGCAAUAGAAUAGAUAGCUGCAAUGAUGUAGAUUAUCAUAAGUGUUCGGGUGCUCGAACGUUCAGCGAUGCCACAUUUAUGGUUAUUACACUUUUCAUACUUACAUUAUUAUCUCUUACAAAUCUUCUGGAUGUUUCAUUGUUUUAAUAUUAAUAUAGCCUAUAUUUUUGAAAUUUUCUUAACAAUAA